CCCCCCCUCUCUGCUCUGACUACGCUCAUCUCACAAACAAGCUCCGAUCCUGUCUCCGCCCUCACCACGCAGGUGCUUCACAAUCUUCAGCACCAGCAUCUCUGGACCUCGCUACAAACCAACCAGAUCCACAAUCCUGCGACAGAGAGGACUAGUGGGAUUAGUGGUGUUCACGACGACCAUGAACUUGCGACGCUUCCUACUUCGACCUUGAUUUCCGGCAUUCCCCCGCACCGCGUCUACACACAUCCCGACGAACAGUUAUAUCUACUCGAGCUCGGUCUUCGAGAGGAGGACAUCCCGGCAGAACGGAUGUUUGUUCUUUCUUCGACACAGGGACAGUCAUGGACAUUGCGGAAACUGGCAGCAGUUUUUGAUUCCCUGCCCGCCGUAGAGCCAAGCCCGAAUAAUAGUUCUCCCUUGAAUAAAAGCAGUGACGACAAGGAGCGAACGGAAGAAGAAGAGAAGAAAGCGGCGAAACUUGCGAAGUAUUUUGAGAGAAAGGAACAGGCGGGUAAAUCGAAGGAAUGGGGCGGGAAAAGAUUGUUGUUCGCAAUGGUGGAUAGGCUCGUCGGUGGAGAUGGGACGGUCGUCUACUAUAUCUUCCAGGAGGGUCAUGUGAAACCUCGACAGAACUGA